AAAAAUUUGGAACAAAAUUGCAACCAUAAUCUUGAGACCUUGCAACUACUAUAACUUGAUAAUAUUGACAUUGUAGCAUCGUUCAAAGUGUUAUUAUGUAACAGUUAUAUUAAGAAUUGCAACUUGACUUUCUGGAGUUCUAGUUCAUUUUUAGAACAGUAGCCCAGGAACUUAUUACAAUUUUAGAAAAUUUGCGUUUUUAUAUUUUUGACACAAUUUGGCAUUUGGAGAGUACCUGGAUGAACUCAAGGCAAAGAAACCACCGAGGGUCCAGAGAUUGAGAAUAGUCUAAGGGUGAAAAUGUUCGUCUUGAGAAACUAUAUUGUUUUACUCCCUGGAGAACUUGGAGAAGCUAACCAAGAAUACCAAUACUUCUGGAGGAACAAAAACUUGCCAUAACAUGCCUAGUCUCUCUGUUAUAACAUCCUAAUCAUAAAAACAUUCUCUGAGAGGAGACACUUUUCCACUGCUGUAUCAGAAGUGGAUGUAACCUAGGCAACCAUGGGAGUCAGGUCUAGCAAGGUGAAACAGAAUGAACUCUAUGAUGCACUCCUGGAGAGAGACAUUGAGGCUAUAUCCACACUAAUGGCAGAUGGAGUCAAUCCAAACUUCAUACUAAAGAAUACACUUCAUCCAAUAGAAGAUGGUGGUUUAGAUGAACAUGAUGGUAUGACUCCAUUGAUAUUCACAAUACACACUCACCAUGUGAAUAUGACCAGAUUGUUGCUUGAAAAUGGUGCAAAAGUUGACUAUGCCAGUUCUGUAAUGUAUGAGCGCAGUACAAACAUUAAUUUACCAAUACAUAAAGCUGUUGAAGAGAACCAGACCCACAUUCUGGAAAUGUUGAUUAAUCAUGGUGCAGAUGUAAAUUCCCAGACCAGGAUUAGGCUGUACACACCAUUACAUGUGAUUUGUAGGCAGCAUCAUGAGCGGUACAACAGAAAACAGCAACAUGAUGUAAAGUGGACGGUACAUGGGUUACUAGCUAAUGGUGCAGAUGUGAAUCUGGAGGACAAGUUUGGCAGCAUCCCCUUACACUAUGCUGUACAGAAACAGAAAACCGAGCUCAUUGAGACACUCUUAGAUGCAGGAAGUGACAUCACUCAUGAGAAUCUGCUAGGAAUGACGCCAAUCAUGAACCUUUUACGCUACAAACCAGAAGGAACAUAUUAUACUUUGCAGAAGCUAAUAAAUCGAGACCCAUCUUCAGUUAGACGUGUUUCUAAAUCUGGUGAGACAUUACUCAGCGCCCUGCUACUUAAUCCUAGUCACCAUCACCCUUGUAGACACACAUUUACCUAUGAUAUGUAUGAGAAUUCUGAAAAAGAUGGGCCGUAUAGAUGUUUGGAGUAUUUGUUAGAUAGUGGAGCAGAUGCCAAUGAGGUAUAUGAGAUUGGAUUGACUCCUUUAUGGAUGGCUAUUUUGGAGAAUAAUCAGCCAAAUAUGAUCAAAUGUUUAGUUGUUCACCAUGCUAAUAUAGACUAUACAUUUAAUAAGCUCUGCUCUAAUGCGGGGAUCAUGCUAACAAUGACACCACUUAUGUAUUGUCUGGACACAAGCGAUUUUGCAACCGCAAAGUUUCUUAUUGAAUCUGGUGCUGACACAAGUUAUUUCUGGCAGUGUAAUGUCCUCACAAAUCAGCUGAGGAGACACUUCAACGCAUAUUUAAUGCAGAAAUAUCUUGAUGAAGAGGCAGCGAUGAUAAAAUCUCUUCAACUACUAUGUAGAGCAAAAAUAAGGAGAUGUCUUGGGAAGAAUUUGAAGAAUGUGUUUAAGUUGCAAUUCCCUAAAAGACUCCAAACUUACAUAUUUAACAAUUUCUCAAUACCAAUAAAGCAUAAUAAAGAGUCUGGAAGUAUGUUUGAAAACAAUCAUUUGUAAAAUAAUACACAAAUGCAAGUUUCGUAUCACAUUAGAAAUCAUUAAUUAGUUGGUCAACAUUUACUUUUCUUUCAUUAGAUAUUAGUUCCAAAUUCCUAAGACCCUGAGGAUGACAAUUAUAAGUGUCUUGGUAUUUCUAAGGCAACAUCUGAUGUUAAGCUUUGUACCAUAAAACCCCAAAAUGUCAUAUGAUGGCAAUAAAUUAUGGCCCAACGAAUCUCAAUUUCUCCACAAAAUAACCUUGAUCCUUUUAGUAUUCUACUUUAAGGCCAAUAAACUUAAUCCAUUAUUUUUUCUUGAAGGGAUUACCUUGAAA